CAAACAUUCUCUUGGAAGCUGCCGACCAACAGCUCGACCCACAGCAAGUACGAUGGACAUAUUCAGUGAUGUGUGACCACGCUGGUUUCCAGGCUGAUCCAUGAUAUUGAGCUAAGACGAAGAAAAGAGAACACCACCACAGUGGUUUCCUUCAUGUCAGGCCACAGUCAGCCAGCAGAUUGGCCGGCACGCAGCAGCAGCAGCAGCAGCAGCAGCAAUGACAGUCACAUACUCUCGGAGGGUUGCUGAUGCAGGUCUGGGAACCUUCUUUCACCUGCUCCUGCGAUGGAGAGGCAGCAUUUAUAAACUGCUCUACAGAGAGCUCAUCAUCUUCACUGUGUUCUACUACUUCUUGAGUAUUGUUUACAGGUUUGUGUUAAAUAACGACCAGAAGAGGCUGUUUGAGAAACUGUCGAUAUACUGUGACCGCUAUGCAGAGCUCAUCCCUGUGUCCUUUGUGCUUGGUUUCUAUGUGACCUUGGUCGUGUCACGCUGGUGGGGCCAGUUUGAAAACAUCCCUUUGCCAGACCGCUUGGCAGCAUUAGUUGGCGGUCAUGUCCGCGGGGCUGAUGAGGUGUCCAGGCUGACUCGCCGAACUCUGAUGCGAUACGCCAACCUGUCUGGUGUUCUCAUCUAUCGCUCUGUCAGCACAGCUGUCUACAAGAGGUUUCCCACCAUGCAGCAUCUGGUGCAAGCAGGUUUGAUAACACCAGAGGAACUGAGGCAUCUGGAGAACUUGCCCUCUCCUCAUAACAAGUUCUGGGUUCCCUGCAUGUGGUUCGUCAGUCUGGCUUUGAGAGCUCGGUCUGAGGGUCGCAUCGGUGACGACGUGGCCCUCACAGCCAUCCUGACUGAGUUGAAUAGUUUACGGGCAAAGUGUAUGAAACUGUAUGGUUAUGACUGGAUCAGCCUGCCUCUUGUCUAUACUCAGGUGGCGACCAUUGCUGUCUACAGUUUUUUCCUGGCUUGUCUGAUUGGCCGUCAGUUCUUGGAUCCAGCUCAGAGCUACCCAGGUCAUGAUUUGGACUUCUAUUUGCCCGUGUUUACCCUGCUGCAGUUUUUCUUCUACGUUGGUUGGCUGAAGGUGGCCGAGCAGCUCAUAAAUCCUUUCGGAGAAGAUGACGAUGACUUUGAAACCAACUUGCUUGUCGAUCGCAAUUUACAGGUGUCUUUGUUGUCUGUGGAUGAGAUGUAUGACAGCGUGCCACUGGUUGAGAAGGACAUGUACUGGAAUGAGUCUGAACCUCAGCCUCCUUACACUGCAGCCAGCGCUGAACACCGCAAACCCUCCUUUAUGGGCUCAGCCCUGGAUAUCAGUGUUCCUAAGGAGGAGAUGGAGUUUCAGUCAAAUCUGGAGCAGAUCAAAGAAAAUGAAGAAGCCAACUACUCCACCCCACUGCUUGGAGGACUGGGUCGUUUUCUUGGCGUCCAGUCCCCUAACUUCCCUCGCUCCACCAGGGUUCCUUUGCUGCGUCGCCGCCCUGGAGCUCCACUAAGCCGCUUCCCUCUUUACCUGCACCCUGCAGCUCCAUUAACUCCAAGUCAAGUUCGCCAGCCAUUAAACCAGGAGCGAGAUCCAGACUAUGCCUUCUCCACCAUGCCCAUGUAUGAGAGACCAGGUUUCUAUAGCUGCCCACAAACACCCAUCCACUGUGUGCCCCCUGCUGUGCCUCGCCCUCGUCCUGCCAGGAGAACCCAAAAUGAGUGGGAUCGCAGCUGCAGCUCCCUCGCCCAGCCAAUGGUCGGCUCACAGCUGCCCUCUCCUGACACCCCCAGCCAUGUCCCCCAACCGCCAUCCUCUGCUUUCCCCUGGUUAAGUGAGGAUGGUGAGAUGCAGCAUGCCCCUACCUUCUCCUUCCCUGACCCUCCACCUGAACUCUGUGCAAUAUCUAAACUCAGACCAGGGCACGGCCUGCUGUCUCGCCGACCUCCCCCUCCUCGCCUUAUUCUGGACAACCUCCCCUCAUCUGAGAGCCAGCCCGGACCUGCGAGCGCUCGAGCUGCAGGAAGCGGAGGAGAACGGGUGUUCUCGUUCACUCCUCCAUCUCGAACAGCCACUGCAAAUCCCAGUAAUCCCAACAGCAGCUCUGGUAGCAUAAACGCAACAAGCACCAACGGCGCAGGCACAGCAGGGAGUCUCUGCAAUGGUACAAGUCACACUAAUUUUAGUAACCAUGGGAACUUCAGUGCCAACUUCAGGGCAAGCAACGGUGGGCUCAGCAAUAACGCAGUUUCCACUUCAGCUUUAUCACAACAAGAAACCAAUCAGCUCAACUCACCCAAAGAUUCCGGAAUCUCACUGGCUGAUGGAGACCUGCUGAGUGUUCUGGUGGAUGGUGGGGUGAACAAGGCGGCAGGAGGGAGGGAGCAGGAUUGACUCCAUCCUAAUAUCUUUGGUUUUUAAAAUAUUUCAGCCACACAACUGAAAAAGGGGUAUGUUGCAAAUUCUGGAUUCAUUUCUACUUCCCGAGACAAACCAACAGAACAAAAGAAAAAAAAAGCACCUUAUGAAAAUGCACAGUUUCUUCUGACUCUAAGUGACAAGAAACCAAAAAAAGUAUAUAUUCUUAAACUCAGCAUUGCUUUCAUGUGCAUUCCUAAACUAUUA